GCGGGCGGGCGAGGGAGCGCUUGGCUGGGGAUGGGCGGCAGAGGUAGCCGCGGAGGCAGCAGUGGAGGCGGAGGGGAGCCCGGGGUUGCUGCUGCUGCUGGUUCUGGUGCUGAUCGGAGCCGGGGCUGGCGAUGGAGGCUGCUCGGCCCUUGAACGCCUCCCUGGGGCUCUGCCGCCCCUCCAACGCCUCCUCCUCCGCCGGACCCCCCUGGAACGGGACGGGGGCCGGGGCCGCCUGCGACUCUUCCCGAAGAGGAGCCCCACGAGGAGCCCGAGGGAUUUCCGUUCCCAUCUCUGACCGUCACCCGGCUGGACGGAGGAGCAGGGAGUGACGGGGCCCUUAUCUCUGGACAAACAGCACGAGCAUUUCCCUGAGAGAAAGGGAGAAAGGCACACCUGGGCACUUUGGCAUGGAGGGGCAGCAGCAGGACUUCUGGAUGGAGGGAGACAGGGAAGACUUGGACCUGACAGUGCGGAUCCUGCUCUACUCAGUCAUCUUCCUCCUGAGUGUCUUUGGGAAUACCCUGAUAAUCGUGGUUUUGAUGCUCAACAGGCGCCUGCGCACCAUCACCAAUUCCUUCUUGCUCUCCCUGGCCCUGAGUGAUCUGAUGCUGGCCCUCUUCUGCAUGCCCUUCACCUUCAUCCCCAACGUCAUGCGCACCUUCAUCUUUGGGAAGGUCAUCUGCAAGACUAUGUCCUACCUCAUGGGGAUGUCGGUGAGCGUCUCCACCUUCAGCCUGGUGGCCAUUGCCAUUGAGCGUUACAAUGCCAUCUGCAAUCCCCUCAAGUCCCGCGUGUGGCAGACACGUUCCCAUGCUUACCGCGUCAUUGCUGCAACCUGGCUCCUCUCAGCCCUCCUCAUGCUGCCCUACCCAGUCUACAGCACUAUCUUCUCUGUGCCCACCCACCCAGGCAUUUUCCAAUGCACUCCCCGUUGGCCCGGGAGCCACAUCCGGCAGGCCUGGUACGUGCUGCUAAUGGUCACUCUCUUCCUUAUUCCCGGCCUGGUCAGAUUGGCCUAGGGACUCAUCUCUCGUGAGCUCUACCGGGGCAUCCGUUUUGAGAUGGACCUCACCCGGGAGGCCAAAGCUCAGCAGAAUGGAGGCACAGAGCCCCUGGCACCUUGUGUGGACGAGGAAGGGGAUGGCUGCUACAUCCAGGGGCCCAACCCGCAGGGGGGGGCCAGUGGGCUGUCGGUGGUAACGCAAGCCAGGGGAGCAGGCACCAAGCAGGAUCGGGCCCGGAUCAACAGCUCGGAGGCAAAGCUGCUGGCCAAGAAUGUGAUCCGCAUGCUGGUGGUGAUCGUGGUGGUCUUCUUUGUCUGCUGGCUGCCCAUCUAUGGGGCCAAUACCUGGCGGGCCUUUGAUGAGAGGCGGCCCAGCGCGCCUGACGCCCCCUAUCUCUUCAUCCACCUGCUCUCCUACACUUCCGCCUGGCAUCAACCCUUCAUCUACUGCUUCAUGAACAAGCGGUUCCCAAGGCCUUCGUCACCACCUUCGCCUUGCCCCCGGGGGCUUGCCCAACCGGACGCCCGCGCCACCGUCACAGAGGAGGAGCUCCACCGCCAUGGCCCCUCCCUCUCCAAUCACUACACCACUGUCAGCAUUGUCGGGCCCCCCUGA